CAUUCAUUGGCUCUCUUCAUUAUUUUAUAUUAUUCAACCCAUAAACCGGUUGCAUAUGGACGAGAAAAAGUAGAAAAGUUUCCUCUGCAAAACAGCAACAGCAGUCAUGGUCUUCCCAAUGAAUACACUGUUUGCAGUGCUGAGGACGAUGAUGAACACGAUGAUGGUGAUGUUGAUGUUGUUGGGUUCGUGAUGAACGAUGUUGAACGAUUUUAGAUGAAUGAGUUGAGUUGGUUGAAGAUCUAUGAAGAUGAUGACGAAAGCUACGAAUCUGAAUCUCGGAUCCGACCCUUCCACGGGAUUAGGGUUUCAGGAGAUCUCGGUCGCAAGUUCUUUUCCAAUAUGAUUGGUUAGCAGAAUUUUGUGGGAAGUGGCGGUUUGAGUCGGUGAUGCAGCCUGUUUCUUCGGGAACCAAUUUGUUAUUCGUUUCGGUUGAGCUUUAUGCAGGGCUGCAGUUCUCAUAAGACCAUUACUUGAACAUUAUAGUAAAAUAUAUUCUUACUUCUUGCAGAGAUUUAAGCUUCAAUAUGUUUUCUGGUUCAAUCCCAAAUUCAAUCCAGGGAUUGAAAAGGCUAAAUUACAUGUUUAUGACAAAUAAUUCUUUGAGUGGACCGAUUCAAGACUGGAUACUUAACUUCAAAAUUAACAUAGAUUUAUCUUACAACAAUUUUACAAAGUCUUCUGCAACUAGCUGCCAGCAGCUGAAUCUGAACUUGGCUUCGAGCUAUUCUUCUUCAGCGGUCACUUCACCUUCAACGUUUUGUUUGAAGAGAAACCUUCCUUGUGCAGGAAAACCUCAAUAUGAUUCAUUGUUCAUAAACUGUGGAGGACCAGAAGAAGAUUUUGAUGGAAAUCACUAUGUAGGUGACCUGCAGGAAAAUGGAAUUUCAAAUUUCGUUCUUAGAAAUGCAGGACAAUGGGCUUAUAGCAGCACAGUAGUGUAUAUGGGAAAUGUUCAUGCAGACUAUACCGCGUCAAAUACUUAUUCUUUGAAUAUUAAUGGCCCAGAUUACUAUAAAACUGCUCGGCUGCAGUUCUGA